AUGUAUUUCCGGUUUCCUGUCCGUCUGUGCCAGUGUGACCACUACAGAAGAGGCAUCGUCUCAGGGUCGUCCUGCAAGGCCCUAUGUGAGAAAAGGACUCUGACCCUGCAGCGAUGCAUGUCCACCUCCUCCACACACCAGGUAGGUAACACACACACACACACAUCAGGUAAUACACGCACACAGCCAACCAGCUGCCAACCACACUUCACAAGUUACAACCACCUUACACAGGCUAAUCUUGCUCGCCAGACUUGACAGCUGGUGUAAAGGUAGCCAGAGUAUAUGCAAUACACGUAGACACACGUCUGGCUCUGCGAGAUUACACACGCACGCACACCACUUGACAAAACCACACACUACCUACUCUACCUAAUGGCUGUGUGUGUAUCUGUGUUUGUAGGUGUACAGUGGUGUGUGGAAGGAGAGGCCUGUGGUCAUUAAGUGUGGUCUGGAGGAGCCUCUGAAGGGAGACGGUGCUCCUGACUCUAUACUGAGACAGGAAAUGACCCUGUUUGACAAGCCCACCCGAGGGACCUCCAUGGACGAGUUCAGAGAGAUGCUGCACAGCUUCCUGAAGGUCUGGCUGCUCAUUUCACUUCCUCUCAGUUAGAUUAGAUAGAAUAACUUUCCACAAGGGAACUGGUGUUUUUUUGUUAUGUCAGGCAAUACAGGCAGCAUUACAGACAGGCACAUUCGAAUACAAUACAAUCACACAUAAGAAUAUGUUACUUACUUGUAGUAUUAUGAGAAAUUUAACAGAUUUAAAAAAUGUACUGUAAUUUACACAAUGUUUCUCACAUUCAUUUCUAUAAUAGAAAGUGAGGUGAGGACCAUUAUUGGAAAUAAAUUUGACCUUGUGGCAGAGGAAAAUUAGGGCAUCUUGAUACAGUAUAUUUAGUCGGAAGCUAACAUAACAUGGUAACUGAUAAUCACUGUGAAGCUGAGUCUAUCUGAGGGACGGUUCCUCUGUAGACAGGCUUCAUGUAGUUUGUGCUGGGAAGGAACAAAGGCAGGGCAGAGUGACCUUAUUACUAGUGUGUGCUGUCAGAGUGCUGCUGGCUCCCCAGAGAGAGAGCGAGGGAAAGAAGACUGAGAGAGAGGGGGGUGAGAGAGAAAGAAGAGGGGGUAGAGAGUGUGCGAUGGAAGGAGGCAGUAGACGUAGGGGGAGAAUCUCAAUUGCAUACUCCUUGCAUCCUCUCUCCUCGCCUCCUUCUCAAACCCCAUUGGAGGAGAAGGUCAGAGGGGAGGGACCUCUGGCUUUCUCAUCCAAUGGGUUUUGAGGAGGCAGCGAGGAAAGAGGACGCGAGGAGGAUGCAAUUGAGAUUCUCCCAGGUUGUGUGUGAUGGUAGGGGGAAGUGAGAGAGAGAGAGCAGGAAGCUAGGAGUUAAAGCCCUGUGCCAAAUAUAGCGCAAUACAAGGUGCUGAAAUAGCAGACAUCUUCAGCACAAUGGCUCCACUCAACUGUGAGAUUGAAUUAUAUUAGUGUCGCCCCCCUGCCAAUUAUCUAAUGGAAGCUACAUGGAAGAAAUCUAGCACAUUUCAAUCAUGCCACACAGUCUUGUUUUUAUUAUAGUGUGUAUGACUAUCUGAACUGAAAAGUGACCUGUUGUUGCUUAGUUUUUCUCUUUACAUAGCAUGAUAUACACUGAGUGUAUAAAACAUUAGGAAUACCUGCUCUUUCUAUGACAGACUGACCAGGUGAAAGCUAUGAUCCCUUAUUGAUGUCACUUGUUAAAUCCACUUCAGUCAGUGUAGAUAAAGGGGAGGAGACAGGUUAAAGGAUUUUUAAGCCUUGAGACAAUUGAGACAUGGAGUGUAUAUGUGUGUCAUUCAGAGAGUGAAUGGGAAAGACAAAAAAUAUUUAAGUGCCUUUAACUGGGUAUGGUAGUAGGUGCCAGGCGCACCGGUUUGUGUCAAGAACUGUAACGCUGCUGGGUUUUCCACGCUCAACAGUUUCCUGUGUGUAUCAAGAAUGGUCCACUACCCAAAGGACAUCCAGCCAACAUUACACAACUGUGGGAAGCAUUGGAGUCAACAUAGGCCAGCAUCCUUGUGUAAUGCUUUCGACACCUUGUAGAGUCCAUGCCCCGAUGAAUUGAGGCUAUUCCUAAUGUUUUGUACACUCUGUGUAUAUUUCAACUUGUUUUCUAGUCUUAGCUGGCUGAUACUUACCCCCUUGCUUAGUUGACGGAAAGUGUAACAUUAGCUAUGCAAGGUUUGAACAUCACUGUGACCUGUAAACAUUUCCUCACUUCAUAUUUUCUUCUCUCCAUCCUCCCUGUAGUCUAACCUAGGGGAGCAGCCCUCUCUCACCACCUUGGUAGGGCGUGUCAUGACCCUGGCUGACAUCAACAAGGACGGCAAGGUGUCUCUGGCCGAGGCCAAGUCUGUGUGGGCUCUUCUCCAGAUUAACGAGUUCUUGCUGAUGGUGGCUCUGCAGGAGAAGGAGCAUACCCCUAAACUGCUGGGCUUCUGCGGGGACCUGUACGUGACUGAGCGCGUGAGCCACAGGUGAGGACCACUUUGGAAUCAGAAAGCUUUAUUACAAUGCAACACAUAUUGUUUGGAUUUUCUCUUGGCUUUGUAGCUUCAUCAACCAGUCCAAUCAUGUGUUUUAAUGUAUGCUUUCAAGUGAUAUCCUCUGGGAUCAAAUGCACAUCUUGUUUAUAUAGACCCAUUUCCCGGCCGCAUCAUCAAAAGUUGCACUCGCAGUUUCUAAUCAGAAAGGGUGGAUACAGAAUCCUCUGACUUCAAAUGCAGCUCAUGCAAGUUAAACACGUAAUCAGAUGGUUAUUGUCUACAUACAUCCCCGAUGUCAUUGGAGGUUUGAAUACCUAGCAAGUUAGCAAGCCAGCGAGGCAAGGUACAAUAUCACAAAUAGCGCUAGAUAAAGCCAGAAGAAUAAUAUACCUGUUGAACAUAGCCAUCAGUCUUGCGUGUUUUCUUGGUCAUCACUAACUCACUGCUAAGUUUAUCAAGGUCCCGACAUCAGUUAGCUAUACUGCUACAGAGCUUCUUUGGUGUGAGGAUGCGCAUGCAUCACUCGAACUUGACAUUUGCUUGUAAACAAAAUAUGUCUCUCUCUAUAUACACUGCUCAAAAAAAUAAAGGGAACACUAAAAUAACACAUCCUAGAUCUGAAUGAAUGAAAUAAUCUUAUUAAAUACUUUUUUCUUUACAUAGUUGAAUGUGCUGACAACAAAAUCACACAAAAAUUAUCAAUGGAAAUCAAAUGUAUCAACCCAUGGAGGUCUGGAUUUGGAGUCACCCUCAAAAUUAAAGUGGAAAACCACACUACAGGCUGAUCCAACUUUGAUGUAAUGUCCUUAAAACAAGUCAAAAUGAGGCUCAGUAGUGUGUGUGGCCUCCACGUGCCUGUAUGACCUCCCUACAACGCCUGGGUAUGCUCCUGAUGAGGUGGCGGAUGGUCUCCUGAGGGAUCUCCUCCCAGACCUGGACUAAAGCAUGGAGUGAGACAUGAUGUCCCAGAUGUGCUCAAUUGGAUUCAGGUCUGGGGAAUGGGCAGGCCAGUCCAUAGCAUCAAUGCCUUCCUCUUGCAGGAACUGCUGACACACUCCAGCCACAUGAGGUCUAGCAUUGUCUUGCAUUAGGAGGAACCCAGGGCCAACCGCACCAGCAUAUGGUCUCACAAGGGGUCUGAGGAUCUCAUCUCGGUACCUAAUGGCAAUCAGGCUACCUCUGGCGAGCACAUGGAGGGCUGUGCGGCCCCCCAAAGAAAUGCCACCCCACACCAUGACUGACCCACCGCCAAACCGGUCAUGCUGGAGGAUGUUGUAGGCAGCAGAACGUUCUCCACGGCGUCUCCAGACUCUGUCACGUCUGUCACGUGCUCAGUGUGAACCUGCUUUCAUCUGUGAAGAGCACAGGGCGCCAGUGGCGAAUUUGCCAAUCUUGGUGUUCUCUGGCAAAUGCCAAACGUCCUGCACGGUGUUGGGCUGUAAGCACAACCCCCACCUGUGGACGUCGGGCCCUCAUACCACCCUCAUGGAGUCUGUUUCUGACCGUUUGAGCAGACACAUGCACAUUUGUGGCCUGCUGGAGGUCAUUUUGCAGGGCUCUGGCAGUGCUCCUCCUGCUCCUCCUUGCACAAAGGCGGAGGUCGCAGUCCUGCUGCUGGGUUGUUGCCCUCCUACGGCCUCCUCCACGUCUCCUGAUGUACUGGCCUGUCUCCUAGUAGUGCCUCCAUGCUCUGGACACUACGCUGACAGACACAGCAAACCUUCUUGCCACAGCUCGCAUUGAUGUGCCAUCCUGGAUGAGCUGCACUACCUGAGCCACUUGUGUGGGUUGUAGACUCCGUCUCAUGCUAUCACUAGAGUGAAAGCACCGCCAGCAUUCAAAAGUGACCAAAACAUCAGCCAGGAAGCAUAGGAACUGAGAAGUGGUCUGUGGUCACCACCUGCAAAACCAGUCCUUUAUUGGGGGUGUCUUGCUAAUUGCCUAUAAUUUCCACCUGUUGUCUAUUCCAUUUGCACAACAGCAUGUGAAAUUUAUUGUCAAUCAGUGUUGCUUCCUAAGUGGACAGUUUGAUUUCACAGAAGUGUGAUUGACUUGGAGUUACAUUGUGUUGUUUAAGUGUUCCCUUUAUUUUUUUGAGCAGUGUAUAUAUACAGUGAGCACCAUAAUUCAUUGGACAGUGACCAUUUUUUUGUUAUUUUGGUUCUGUACUCUAGCACGUUGAGUUUGAAAGGAUACAAUGACAAUGAGGGUGAAGUGCAGACUGUCAGCUUUAAUUUGAGGGUAUUUUCAUACAUAUUGGAUGAACCGUUUAGAAAUGACAGCACCUUUUGUACAUGGUCCCCCCCAUUUUAAGGUACUACAAGUAUUUGUUAAAUUGGCUUCACAGAUGUGUGUCGUUAGGCAGGUGUAUUCAUUUGUGUCGUUAGUGAAUGCAGGAGAGCUGUUGAUGAAUAGUAUUGAUUCUAGACUUUGCUAUUGCCUUUGGAGGUUGUUGUUGGGGUGUGACAUCAUGAGGAAGACAGCAGUGUCGAUGCAAAUUAAGCUGGCCGUCAUAAGGCUCAGAAAUGAAAAUCAAUUAAUCAGGAACAUUGCAAAAACCCUGGCCCUGCCCAAGUCAACAGUUUGGUUCAUAAUUAACAAGAAAAAAAACAACCGGUGAACUCAAUUAUGUCAAAAGACCCGGUAGACCGAGGAAGACCACUGUAGUGGAUGACCGGAGAAUACUCUCUAUGGUGAAGAAAACCCCCCUGACAACAGCCCAACAGAUCAAAAACACUCUCCUGGAUGCAGGUGUAGAUGUGUCAAAGUCUACCAUACAUAGAAGACUACACCAGCAGGACUACAGAGGGUACACUACAAGAUGCAAACCACUGAUAAGCCUGAAGAACAGAAAGGCGAGUUUACAGUUUGCUAAAAAGCACCUAAAAGAGCCCCAAGAGGAAAAAAGUACCAGCGUGAUGGAAAGAAAUGCCCAUGAUCCAAAGCAUACCACCUCAUCCGUGAAACAUGGUUAACACGGCAGGUAGCUUAGUGGUUAAGAGCGUUGUGCCAGUAACCGAAAGGUCGCUGGUUCUAAUCCCCAAGCCGACUAGGUGAAAAGUCUGUCGAUGUGCCCUUGAGCAAGGCACUUAACCCUAAUUGCUCCUGUAAGUCGCUCUGGAAAAGAGCGUCUGCUAAAUUACUAAAAUGUAAAUGUAAAAUGUGUUAUGGCUUGGGCCUGUAUGGCUGCCAGUGGAACAGGCUCACUUGUCUUCAUCGAUGAUGUAACUGCAGACAGAAGUAGAACAAUGAAUUCUGAAGUCUACAGAAAUAUUUUAUCUGCUCAGAUAAAACCAAAUGCCUCCAAACUCAUUGGACGGUACUUCAUCAUGCAACAAGACAAUGACCCUAAACAUACUGCUAGAGCAACGAAGGGGUUUUUAAUGGCCAAAAAGUGGAAAAUCCUUGACUGGCCGAGUCAGAUCUGAAUCCAAUUGAACAUGCAUUUUACAUGCUGAAGUGGAGACUGAAGGCAAUAAGUCCCCGAAACAAGCAGGAACUGAAGAUGGCUGCAGUACAGGCCUGGCAGAGCAUCACCAGGGAAUAUACGCAGCGUCUGGUGAUGUCGAUGCAUCACAGACUUCAAGCAGUCAUUGCAUGCAAAGGAUAUGCGACCAAAUAUUAACAAUGAUUACUUUAUUCUACAUUAUGUUAAACUGAAACUGUCCCAAUGUUUUUUGAUGCCCGAAAAAGGGGGGGGGGGGGGGGGGGGGGGGCAUGUACAAAUGCUUCUAUAAUUUCUAAACGGUUCAUCCGAUAUGUAUGAAAAUACCCUCAAAUUAAAGCUGACAGUCUGCACUUCACCCUCAUUGUCAUUGUAUAACAAAAAAAUGGUCACUGUCCAAUGAAUUAUAGUGCUCACUGUGUAUAUAUAUAUAUAUAUAUUUCAUUUUUAAUUUUUUUAUAAUACCCAAAAUAACAUUCAAUUCACAGCUCCCUCUACAGGCUGGAGGUACCCAGCUACCUGCAGGCAUUAGUCCCGGAGGCCCUAAGCUCCAGCGUGAACCAGUGGCUGGCCCCGGCGUGGCCCCGGAGGGCCCGCAUCACCAUCGGCCUGCUGGAGUUCAUAGAAGAGGUAAAGAUAGGAUACUGGCCGUGUCUGAAUACCCAUAUAGCGUACUACAUACCAUGUACUCAUCGUCGAAACUAUUUAGCACGUACCGUUUAGUAAAAAGUAUGCAGUAUGUCACGGCCGCAACGCAGUAGCGGCUCCUGACUGGCAGAGUAGGUGGGGCGGGGCCGAGUGCCGGCAGACUUUUCCAAAUUCAACAGACAUGCAUUGCAUUAACCAGCCUGAUGACAGCUAAUUUCCAAUUCGAUUAAUUUCUCUAAACUCUGAAUAGAAUAGGAAUGGAGUUAUAGCCGUAAUCAGGCUGGUUAUAGGCAGACUAUCACAUUCAACCUAUACUGUAGCCCAUAUAGCCCAUCUAUCCUAUUAAAAAGGACUGAAGACAGAAACAGAUCAUUUGGUUCCCUUUCAACAUAUUUAUUAGUGAAACCAAAGUGCUGUAACAUAAAUCAAAUCAAAUAACCUAGUACACACACCAAAACAUUUAAUGUUAAAAUCAAAAGGCUAUUGCACAGAAAAACGUGGACAGUCUGAUGUAUCGCAAAUUCAGAACCGCUGAACAGCAAGAUAAUAAACUAAAGCACUGAUCAUUGGGAACAAGAUCAGAAUGAUCUUGAAACAUACUGAACAAAAAUAUAAACACAACAUGUAAAGUGUUGCUCCCAUGUUUCAUGAGCUGAAAUUAAUGAUCCCAGAAAUGUUUCAUACGCACAAAAAACGUAUCUCUAAAAUGUGGUGCACAAAUUUGUUUACAUCCGUUAGUGAGCAUUUCUCCUUUGCCAAGAUAAUCCAUCCAUCUGACAGGUGUGGCAUAUCAAGAAGCUGAUUAAACGGCAUGAUCAUUACACAGGUGCACCUUGUGCUGGGGACAAUUAAAAGGUCACUCUAAAAUGUGCAGUUUUGUCACACAACACAAUGCCUCAAGUUUUGAAGGAGUGUGCAAUUGGCAUGCUGACUGCAGGAAUUUCCACCAGAGCUGUUGCCAGAGAAUUGAAUGUUAAUUUCUCUACCCUCCAACAUCGUUUUAGAGAAUUGGCAGUAUGUCCAACCGGCCUCACAACCGCAGACCAUGUGUAUGGUGUCAUGUGGGCGAGCGAUUUGCUGAUGUGAACGUUAUGAACAGAGUACCCCAUGGUGGCAGUGGGGUUACGGUAUGGGCAGACAUAAGCUACAGACAACGAACACAAUUGCAUUUUAUCGAUGGCAAUUUGAAUGCACAGAGAUACCGUGAUGAGAUUCUGAGGCCCAUUGUCGUGCCAUUCAUCAUCUCAUGUUUCAGCAUGAUAAAUCACGGCCCCAUGUCGCAAGGAUCUGUACACAAGCUGAAAAUGUCAAUUAUUCCAUGGCCUGCAUACUCACCAGACAUGUAACCCAUUGAGCAUGUUUGGGAUGCUCUGGAUCGGUGUGUACGACAGCAUGUUCCAGUUCCUGCCAAUAUCCAGCAACUUCGCACAGCCGUUGAAGAGGAGUGGGACAACAUUCCACAGGCCACAAUCAACAGCCUGAUCAACUCUAUGUGAAGGAAAUGCGUCACGCUGCAUGAGGCAAAUGGUGGUCACACCAGAUACUGACUGGUUUUCUGAUCCAUCUGUGACCAACAGAUGCAUAUCUGUAUUCCCAGUCAUGUGAAAUCCAUAGAUUAGGGCCUAAUGAAUUUAUUUCAAUUGACAUUUCCUUAUAUGAACUGUAACUAAGUAAAGUCUUUGAAAUUGUGUUUUAUAUUUCUAUUCAGUAUAAGUAGCCUAGCCUACAAAACUAAAACAAUCCAUAUGUUCAAAUCAAAAGGUCUGAUUAACAUGACAUCAAUAAGGCAGCCACAUCCCGAGUCCCCGGUGCCGACACAUUCAGAAGUCAAAAGAUGAUUUAGCAUUUAGCUUAAAAGCUAUGACUAAGGCCAAGAGAACAAGAAACACUUUUAAUGAGAAAACAGAAAUCCACUUUGGGUAAAACAAGACUUACUUGUUUUCAAAGAUGUAGCCUUCGAUGCAAUACUUGUGAUCAUUUUAAGCAGAACAAAAACAACUUCGCCUACAUUUGAACACCACCGCAGAAGCUUUCGCUAAUAUGCAUCUUCCCAAUUAAGUAGCCCAAUUUUGUUGCUUGGCUACAUGAAGAGAACUAGCGCCUAUCACUCACAGCCCACCUCUUCCAAUGCAUUGUGUAAAGUGUUCAUAUAAUUUUACUAGAUGAAGAGCCGAAAUGAGUAUACAUCCGGGCAUUUGAACCAUACUCGAUUUACAAAAAUGCACAUACUAUAAAGCAUUCUAUUUUCGCAUACAGAGAAUGCGUAAUGCGCGAUUGCGUUGUUUUCUGCUAUUCAAUGAUUUCAAUAGCGCAUCCCCAUAUCUAAUCGAUCAACUGUUGUCAUAGCCGAAAUGAGUACGACAUCCGGCAUUUAAAGUAUACUCGAUUUUUGAAAUGUGGCAUACUAUUAAACUAAGUAUUUUCACAUACUCAAAUGGCCUACUAUUUAGGACGCAAGUAUUGGUAUUCGGACACAGCCACUGUAUUAUCCCCAUGAGGACAUUUUGUUUGCGGCUUUGUGCAUACAUAUAACAUAUAAAGCAUUGACAAAGCACAGACAAUUACAGGGAAUAAAUACAAUCAUUGGGAAUAGAGAAAGUUCAGUUCAUGUGUGAUUCAUUGUUAGCUAAUAUAUACACCACAAUAUCAACAGGUGUUCCACGGGGCUUACGGCAGCUUCCUGAUGUGUGACGCCAGCCCGCGCCACAUAGGCUACAACUUCAAGUACGACUGCAAGAUGGCCGACCUGCGCAGCGUGGCUUCUGAGACGGCGGUCCGCGGGUUCAUGCGGGGGCGUCGCUGUGAGACCAACGCUGACUGCACCUUUGGGAGUGACUGCACGGCCACCUGCGAUCGGCUGGUGAAGCAGUGUAACACGGAGGUGGUCCAGCCCAACCUGGCCAAGGUGUGUGUGUUGCUACAAGACUACCUGCUGUUCGGGGCGCCCCAGGAACUCCGCACAGACCUGGAGAAGCAGCUCCGUACCUGUGUGACGCUCAGCAGCCUGGCCAGCCAAAUGGAGGUGCACCACUCGCUGGUCCUCAACAACCUCAAGACCCUGCUGUGGAAGACCAUCUCCAACACACAAUACUCCUGA